AUGUGCCUGACCGAAGCGGAUGUAAGGAUCUUGAAGUGGGGUACUGAGUCGAUCCCAGGCGCGGGCGCAGCUAUAAAGACACUAAUUCCCACGUCAGUGCUGUUCAGCACCGCGCAUCGCAUCUACAACAGUCAGUACAUCUUGCAAGUUGCUGUUGGUUUUUACUCACAGCGUACAGAACUCUCCGAUACCAUCCACCUAUACAUCAUCAUGUCUGGCGCCACCGCUAUCGUCCUUUACCCUCGCAAGGAGGGCUCCACCUUUAACAAGGAGUACUACCUCAAGACACACAUGCCGCUCGCCAUGAAGAACUGGAAAGACCACGGUCUCAAGUCCUACGCCGUCAGUGAGCUCAACGCCGACGGUCCAUACGCCAUCAGCACCGUCAUGGAGUUUGACAGCCUUGAGAGUGUCGGAAAGGCUUUGCAGAGUGAGGGCACCAAGGAGGUCAUGGAGGACGUAAAGAACUUCAGCAGCGAGACACCGAUCCUCGUUCACGGCAAUGUCGUCGGACGGAGUUAG